AGCAACGACUACAAGAACAGAACCAGCGUUUUCCUUUUCGAAGCGGCAUUGAACGAAUGAGUUGUUCUGGUCGAAAAGACUAGUCAUGGCAACCAGUGAUGAAGGCAAUGCUCCUGCGAUUGACGUCGACGAGCAAUUUGAAAACGACUCGGCCUGGGGGCAAGAUGACUCAGCAUCAGAGUCAACCUCAGUCACUUCAAGUAUUUACAGGGGACUGGCUGAAAAUGGGCGACGGUGCGUUCCAAGAAGAAGCGGUAGAUGCCAGACUUGAAUGAUGACACCUUGCAUAAUAGAUAUCAAACUUUUCGCGAACAUAUAUAUUGGUAAGCACAAUGAAGACGAGGAUAAUAUACUCAUCUGAAAUGUGGAGGUAGGGGACCAUCUGACGAAAAACAAUUCGAAACGAUGGAAGCAGGGUACUAAUACCCCGCACACGUCCCAUAACGGAGGCUGAUGGAAAUAAGACAUUUCAUGUAUUCCGUCCUUGAUUACCACGAGCCGAAUCGACUGCAUAGAGCUCCCAUUGGAAAUUCACCAGAGCACAUUCUCGACAUCGGCACUGGGAAGGGGUCAUGGGCCAUCGAUGCAGCAGACAUGUACGAGUCUGCUACCGUACGCGGAAUCGACUUAUAUCCUCCCCCAGUUGGCUGGGUUCCGCCAAAUUGCAUUCUGGAAGUCGAUGAUGUCCUUGAAGAAUGGACAUGGCGACAAAAGUUUGACCUUAUACAUAUGAGACUUCUACUGGGAGCAUUCACACCUGAGGAGUGGGACGAUGUGUAUAGGAAAUGCUAUAACAAUCUCAAACCUGGUGGGUGGAUUGAGCAAGUCGAAUUGGACGUGCGUGUCAUGUCGGAUGACGGAACACUUCCUGAAGACAGCCUGCUAGCAGGAUGGGGUCCAAACUUUCUAGGGUGCGGUGAGCGAUCAGGACGACCACUGAAUACGCAGACGACGAUGCGAGCCGCCAUCGAGAAGGCAGGUUUUAGAGAUGUCCACGAAAAGCUGUAUAAAUGUCCUAUUGGCACGUGGCCUAAGGAUCCUCAGUUAAAAGAUGCUGGUGCGAUUAAUAUGGAGCACUGGUCUUCGGGACUCGAGGGUUGGGCUAUGUGGUUAUUAACCAAACAUGGUGCACCUAUACCGUGGUCCCCAGACGAGGUCACGGUAUAUGUAGCUAAGGUGCGCGCGGAACUGAGGAACCCGAAGCUACAUAUCUAUCAUUACACUCGACGAGUAUGGGGGAUGAAACCAACCGAAGUCACGCCAUAAAGGUAGGGAUGACGUUGGAUAGAAGCCACACCAUGGUUCCUGUAAGGCGGAACAUGGAAUGCCCCUCUGGAAUGGCUUCAAGAUGAAUGUGUUCAUGAGGGAAACUGAUUUUGCAAGGCACUGUAAUCAUGCCAUUAUGUUUGGCUAGUUCAGGGCUUCAUUCUAAUUCAUUUGUGUUCAAAUUUUGAUGGAAAUGAGAUAAGAAAUUUGAUCUAUAGCAGAACCUGUAUGUCCUCUGAACCCAGGGAACAAGUUGGCUAUACCAUGCAGUUUACUAAAAGAAAGGAAAGAAAGUGAUGUCUAGUCAAAUAUAAUAGCUCAAUU